ACACGAUUAACCUCUCAUGCUUGCAUGUUCCAUGCUUUGAUUUGGUUUCGUUCCAAUAUCUACUGGAGUUCAUUUCGUCGAUGGCCUGUCUUCUCUCUCCUCUCUACGUCUUCGCUUUUCUUCUGUGGUUCCAUGGAGCCUCCUGCCUCCCAUGCUUUCCAUCAAGACGUACGCAGGUUCAUCUUCCAGAUUUUUUAGUGGUAAUAGCUGUCGGUAAACUGCGAAAAAAUUAAACAAGUAUUUUACUCGUCAUAUCUUGCCUCCUGUAAGAUUGCUUUUCGCUCUAUGUUGUUUUGAUGCUUCACGUUGCCCUCAAGUUCCCGAUAUAACUCUUGGGACCUUCACAAUUCUACAAAGACAGCAAAGAGGAUGAGAUACUGGAGUUGGAUUAGCAUUAGCUAUGUUCAUUGCUUAAGGAUUACUCUGUUUCAAAAGCUGUGCAUUUGAUGCUGGAAGCAGAAACUGAGUGCAUAAAUGGACCAGAAAACCAGCAGAAGGAAGAAGUUCUUGGUGCGAAGGAUGGGAAUGCCUCGCCGAGACCUAGUACUGAGUGUUCCAUCAACUCCACCGUUGAUUUGAAAGAGUCUCCAGCAUCAUUGGCUUCCCCGUCAGCAUCGUCCUCAUCCUCCUUCAGAAGUCUUUCCGAAAGUAGAAGUCUAAAAUUCAGUGGUUUCAAUUCUCCUGCAACAACCAGUUGUACCCAUACAGAGGCUUUCAGGGUAUUUGCAGCAACAUGGAACGUAGCCGGAAAAACCCCUAACAAGGGUCUGAGUCUGAAUGAUUUCCUUCCUUCUGAUGACUACUCAGACAUUUAUGUGUUAGGAUUCCAAGAAGUGGUCCCCCUCAACGCCGGCAACGUCCUUGUGAUCGAGGACAACGAGCCGGCGGCGAGAUGGCUCGCCCUCAUCAACCAGGCGCUGAACCGCCCGUCUCCAUCUCCAGGCGCUUACGCCUCCGCCGCUUCUGAAACUGCAGCGAGCUGCUCGUUCAGCCAGUCGGCAGACACGGUGGCCUCUGCGUCCCCCGUCUCCAGCUCCAGUCCCCUCGACCCGUCGAGGUUCCACAAGUCGUCCCGCAGAGACAGAGAAGUCCGCCGCGCCGCCAUCACCCGCGGGCGCCGGCUCAAGUCGUGCACCUGCCCCGUCGAGCCGCCCCGCAGGUCGUACAGAGCGCCGUGCCUGAUGGGCUGCGGCAGCAAGAACGCGCACGCCGUCGAGGGCGACACGACGACGUCAGACGAGGAGGAGGACGUCGUCGUCGUGGAUGAGGCCAGGAGCAGCAGCUUCGCGGUGUCCGACGCGAAGAGCCCAGCGGCGAUGGCGGCGGCUAGCCGGCGCGAGAGGUACUGCCUGAUGGCGUGCAAGCAGAUGGUGGGGCUGUUCGUGACGGUGUGGGUGAGGCGGGAGCUGGUGCCGCACGUCGGCCAUGUCCGGUUCUCCUGCGUCGGCCGCGGCAUCAUGGGCUACCUCGGCAACAAGGGGUGCAUAUCCGUGAGCAUGUCGCUGCACCAGACGACCCUGUGCUUCGUGUGCAGCCACCUGGCGUCCGGGGAGAAGGAAGGCGACGAGCUCAGGAGGAACUCCGACGUCGUCGAGAUCCUCAAGAACACGCAGUUCCGCCGGCUCUGCAAGCGAUCCGGGUGCAGGAUUCCAGAGAGAAUCCUCGACCACGACCGCGUGAUCUGGUUGGGCGAUCUGAAUUACCGGAUUGCUCUGAGCUACUCGGAGGCGAAGAAGCUCGUCGAGGCCAACGACUGGGGCUCUCUCUUCGAGAAGGAUCAGCUCAAGACUGAAAGAGAGAGUGGAGUUUUCAGAGGGUGGAACGAGGGCAAGAUCCUCUUUGCUCCGACAUACAAGUACUCUUGGAAUUCAGACAAUUACGCGGGCGACGACGUGGCGUCGAAGAAGAAGAGGAGAACACCAGCAUGGUGUGACCGGAUUCUUUGGCACGGUGAAGGGAUAGUGCAGCUGUCCUACAUCCGCGGGGAGUCGAAAUUUUCAGACCAUCGCCCUGUCUGUGGUGUGUUCAUAGUCGAGGUUUCAGUUCUCGACAACAAAAUUAUCAAGGUUGCAUCAGGUCCCAACAUGAAAGUUGGCGCAGAAGAGCUCUUAUAUACCCCCAAGAUAAAGUAACAGCUAGUAGCACAGCGUAUGCAGCAUUUGCAGGAGCUCAUAUGCUAGUUUACAAACAGCACGGAAUGCUUAUAUUCCAAGUACUCGAAGCACUAACUUCAAACAUGUCCUGAAGUGAUUGCUAUCUGGUCACACUGCUGACGAGCAGACUUCAUAAUACUGCAACCAAGUCUGCACUCAGGGCUUACUGAAAAUGCUCUACACAUUGUUGUUUCAUUGUUUUCUUUUCUCCAAUACGCAGGAGAGUUGCGCAUCUUUGUAUUAAGGAGGAGAUCAAAAGUUUUUAUACAAAGAGUACAGGACACAAGACACUACAGGUGGUGAUUACAAAUGUUUGAGGCAACCGUAGUGACCGGAGAUAGCACUAGUUCAAAUGAUUGAUCCAAAAAGUUUCAACUGCUCCAUGAGAUAGGACAGGUUCUUAGCCCCUGCCCGACACCACAAGUCCAUGUCCGCCUGGUUGAUGGCCACCAGGGAAUCAGUAGAAAGGCGAUUGUUGUUGAAGACGAUGUAAUUACACGAAAGCCAGAUUCUCCGGCAGAUGAGAAGGAUUAAGGAGUGUAGCCCCUUUCAAUGCUCUCUGGCCACACGACGUCACAGAUCUAGCCACCAAUCCAUGAUCAAAUGCGUGUCAUCAAGUGCCGCAACUCCCAGAAGCCGCCACCAAAUCUCCCUCGCAAACAUACAAUGAAGGAGAAGGCGGGUAGUGGUCUCCGGAUCCUGAGCACAGUGUGCAUAUGUGCCAUCAGUUUGCAGCCCUUGUUGUUGCCUCCGUGCCGCUGUCCAUAGCUGGCCAUGGAGCCCUAGCCAAGUGAAGAACUUCACCUUCAUCGGGGCCCAUGAUCGCUAAACCAAAUUAGCACCCUCAAAGGGAAUGCAGCCCUGAAACAUGAUAUGAUAUGCCGAUUUGGCCGAUUAACGGCCAGAGCUCAUCCACUUCCAAACCACACGGUCCUCAACAGCGCUCAAACUGUAUGAAUCAAGCUGAGUCCAUAGCUACAGACAUUGAGCUAAUGCAGAGAUGGAAAGGGGGCCUGAAAUAUCACUGAUCCAUCUCCGGUUUAGCAACGCCUCCCUUACCAUUCUCAACUUCGCAGCAGAAGGUGGAACGCAAACGAACAGAUCAGGUGCCGAUGCUUUGAUGGAUUUACCAUCGAUCCAUGGGUUAGUCCAAAAGAGAGUGGAGAAGCCAUUGCCCACCUCAAUUCUGGUGGAUGCGUUGAAAAGGGCGAUGACCUCCAUCUUGUGGUGUAGCGGGAGAUUGGCCCAAGGUUUGGUAGGAUAGGUCCGCUGUGACCAUAGCCAUCUAAGACGAAGGGCCAGCCCGGCCAAACGGAAGUCCUUUAUGCCAAGACCGCCGUACUCCAACGGCCGGCACACCCGCGACCAGGAGAGCGAACUUCGACCACUGGUCAUAGCUUUAACCUGAGCCCACAAAUAGGCCUUCUGAAUUUUGUCGAUCUCCUUGAUCACCCACAGUGGCAUCGUAAU